UCAUUCUGCCCGAUCAGAUCGGCCAUUCACCCGGUCCGAUCCCCUUGGGUUUCACUACCGUGUAACCUGCUCACUGGUGGACUCCCUUCUGAUAGAUCAACCGCUGGAUAUCGCCGACUCGUACUAGUACCUCGGACCCCUCUCAUGCAUCCAUAGGGUCGUCCAUUGGCCAUCUACCAGGGGUAAUUGCUCCGUGUGCUCCCCACUCCCCCCAUUCAACUCGACAAAUGAUAGCGGAUCUCGAGGCCGCCCGCAUCAAGCCAUUGCCGGCAGAUGGUUUCUACAUUGCGGAUUUCAUCUCGGAGGACGAAGAGGAGUUCCUGCUCCAGAAGAUAACGACGGCGCCUGUACCCCGCUGGACUCACCUGGCUCACCGUCGGCUUCAAACCUGGCCCUCCGCCCUGACCAACUCCAACGCCCUCAUUGCCUCCCCGCUCCCCUCCUGGCUCGUUUCACCCGUCAUAACCCCUCGCUUCGACUCCCUGGGCAUCUUUGCGGAUGCCCCGCACGGCGCCCCAAACCAUGUCCUGGUCAACGAAUACCGUCCGGGGCAGGGCAUCAUGCCCCACGAAGACGGUGCCGCCUAUUACCCUCUUGUAGCUACGGUGAGCCUGGGAGCUCCUAUCGUUCUGGAUCUGUACCAGAAAAGCGACGACGGCGAUGGAAACGGACUCGGUCGACAACCGACAUAUAGGAUCUUGCAGGAGAGACGCAGUUUGCUCGUUACCACCAAGUCUAUCUAUACCGAUUUCCUGCAUGGCAUUGCAGACACCGCCAAGGAUGACGGGCUUGGCGCGGAAUCGAUCUGCAACUGGGAUUUGCUGAGGGAGCAAGACAGAUAUGAGUGCGGUUGGCUGGAGAGGGAGACUAGGAUAAGCCUGACUUAUCGCGAUGUGCUCAAAGUCGCGAAACUGGGGAAUACGACGAGAUUCCUGGGCGGCCGGUGAACCCAAGUCAUGCCGGGAACAAUU